UGACCAGCAGAGAGGUAUUGUGGAGGAUGGGGGAAAGUACUGUUAUUUUCCUGAUUUCCUUUUGCUUUGGGAUGUGAGGAAGUUCAAGUGUUACUCCACGGGGGAAAUCAGGAACAGUUUUAUGCAGUUGUUCAGCUCCUGGAGACUAUUACUCAGCUCAGUCAAAAUCCCAGGAUAUCUUGGGAAUAAUAAAAACAGAACCUUCAUAGCAUGGUGAUGAUGGUUUCCAAAGACUUCCAGAAUUGGUCCUUUUUCAUAACUGGGGAAGAGGGUUCAUUGAGCUUAUUUUGCUUCUAUUGUGAUUUUUCUCUUCUCAGAUCUCUCAAGAGGAGAAUGGCUUUGGAAAAUGCCUCUUCAGUGACUGAGUUCAUCCUUGCAGGCUUAACAGAUCAACCAGCGCUUCAGCUACCCCUAUUCCUCCUGUUUAUGGGGACCUAUGUGAUCACAAUAAUGGGAAACCUGGGAUUGAUCAUCUUAAUCAGGAUGAAUUCUCAGCUUCACACUCCUAUGUACUAUUUCCUCUUCAAUUUAUCUUUCAUAGAUCUCUUCUACUCCUCUGUCUUUACUCCCAAAAUGUUGAUGAAUUUUGUCCUAAUGAAAAACAUCAUCUCUUAUUCAGGGUGCAUGGCUCAGCUUUAUUUCUACUCCUUUUUUGUUAUUUCUGAAUGCUAUGUGUUGACAAUAAUGGCUUAUGAUCGUUAUGUUGCCAUCUGUAAUCCAUUGCUGUAUAAUGUUACUAUGUCUAAUCAGGUGUGUUCAUGGCUGUUGGGUGGAGCAUAUGUAAUGGGGUUUGCUGGUGCCAUGGCCCACACUGGAUGCAUGCUAAGACUCUCCUUCUGUGAUGCUAACAUCAUAAACCACUACAUGUGUGACAUACUUCCCCUCCUCCAGCUCUCUUGCACCAGCACCUAUGUCAACGAGCUGGUUGUUUUCAUUGUUGUGAGCAUUAACAUCACAGUGCCUAGUGUCACCAUCUUCACCUCUUAUGCUCUGAUCCUGUCCAGCAUCCUGAACAUCAGCUCCAGUGAAGGCAGGUCCAAAGCCUUCAGCACCUGCAGCUCCCACAUAAUUGUGAUCACUCUUUUCUUUGGGUCUGCUUCAUUUACAUUUCUCCAGCCCUCUUCAUCAGGAUCUGUAGACCAGGGUAAAGUAGCUUCAAUCUUUUACACAAAUGUGGGGCCCAUGCUAAACCCCCUCAUUUAUAGUCUGAGGACUAAAGAUGUUCAGGCUGCCUUGACGAAAACUUUGGGGAGAAGAAUGUUUUCCAGAACUGGAAUAAGAUUUUCAUAA